UGGAAAGCUGUCAAUGCUACUUUCUGAAGCAAAGGAAAUGAAACACGACGAGAAAUAGAUAACUGGUGGAUUCAGUUUUUUUUAUCCUAUGCGCAAUGUAAAAAUCUUCCAAACUAAGCUGGCUGCUGGCUUGUUGUAAUAAAUAAAUAAGGUUAUGCCAUGAUCUGUGUGAAUAUGUAUAAUAAUUCACCAAUUUCGGAGGCGGCAAGGAGGUUGGCGAAAACGAGGAAUGGUCCAUUCACUGAAAAAUAGCGAAAAAUAAAAAACGGAUCCUGAGGAUUUCCUGUCCAUUGUCCUCCUCUCGUUCUCUACCUUCUACUGGGUAUAAAUAUAUUCGCAGACAUGAUUGGCUGGAAAGAAAGGGAUUGGAUCCGGAGCAUCAUCAGACCCAUUAACCCGUUUUUUCUCCCUCCUGCUGGUUAUCUUGCGAUUUCCAGAGAGGGAGACCAGCUGCCUCUGUUAUUUACAUACAAUUGGCUUAAUAUUUGCUUGCUAGUUGCGAAGUAGUUGGACUCAUUAUUUGAGAUGUCCUCAACCUUAAUGUGAACACACAACAACGAUGUAAAACUUCUAGCGGGUGAAGAGUUGGAACUCGCAUGAGGACAACAUCUGUUUGUAAGCUGAGUAGGAGGAAUAAUGGGUGCCUGUGGUUCGAAAGCAUCCCGUCAGAUAAUCCAGGUGAGGAAGAAAAACCUCCGCCGCCGCGGCCGCCACAAGAGACACCGUGCUAUUACAGAAGGAAAAAGGAAAAAGAAUGGAGAUGGAGGAGGGGGUAGUAGAGUGAAAGAUAUUGGUGCGAGUGAGUUUGUUCACACAACUGUAAGAAGCAAACUGUCUGAUGUGUCGCAAUUGCACCGUAGCAGCCACAUUGAUACUAACGUAUUUUUUCAAGAAGAAGCAUGGUUCGAUACAGUCAGCAUUUUGGAUCAUGACUCAGAUGAUGAUGACUUCUGUAGUGUUCAUGGAGAUUGUCUUCCUUAUGCGCCGGGUGGACAUGUCAUUCAGUAUGAGACUUCGUCUUGCUUUGUAGAUAGCAAAUGUAGAUCAAAAACAUAUCUUUACCGGCCCAGAGCAGGACUCACAGUUGCAUGUUGUACAGACAAAAAGCCAACUUCAGGAACUUGGUCUAUUACCGACCCCUCUACUUUCAAGCUCCGUGGUGAUACUUAUUUUAAAGACAGGAAGAAGUCUCCUGCUCCAAAUUUGUGUCCUUAUACUCCCAUUGGAGUUGAUUUAUUUGUAUGCCCAAGAAAGAUUAAACACAUUGCACAGCACCUUGAGCUUCCUUCUGUCAAGGCAGAUGGGAAGCUACCCCCACUUCUCAUAGUUAACAUUCAGAUGCCCAUUUAUACUGCUCAUAUGUUCCAUGGAGAAAGUGAUGGGAAAGGACUGAGCCUUGUGUUGUAUUUCAAACUCUCUGAAACUUAUGAGAAAGAUAUCUCUCCCCAGUUUCAGGACAGCAUCAAGAGAUUUGUAGAAGAUGAUAUGGAAACGGUUAAAGGAUUUGCAAAGGAGUCAAGAGUUCCUUUCAGAGAAAGGUUAAAGAUUAUGGUUGGGGUGGUGAAUCCAUGUGAUCUUGUGUCAACGUCAACUGAAAGGAAACUCUUAAAUGCAUACAAUGAAAAGCCGGUGCUUUCUCGUCCACAACAUGACUUUUAUCAGGGCCCAAAUUACUUUGAGAUUGAUCUUGACAUUCACCGCUUCAGCUAUAUAGCAAGAAAGGGACUUGAUGCUUUUAGAGAACGUCUGAGAGAGGGAAUUCUGGAUCUUGGUUUGACAAUUCAGGCACAGAAGCCAGAGGAGUUGCCCGAGGAAGUCCUUUGCUGUCUCAGGCUAAACAAGAUUGAUUUUGUUGACCACGGCCAAAUCCCAACUCUAGGAAAGGGGAUGGAUGACCCUUUCCUAGAGUAGAGCACCCAUUGCAAGUUGUUUAGCCUACAGCAGUAUAUAUUGCAUGCUGGGAAUGAAUAUACUCCAUCUAGGCACAAAUUGAAAUUCCCACUUUGACUCUUGUAGUCAAAUUUUGUUAACACAUUGACCGCUAACUAUUCAAAAUAUAUUAAAUUAUAAUAAAACGGUCAAAGAUCCGGAUCGAAAACUGUGAAAGUCAAUGUGACAACUUGAUUUUGGGAUGCAUGAAGUAAUAAAAGGGAUGAAAUGUCAGCUUUCUACAUAUAAGCACUGCCACUGUAUACGUUGUGCCAAAUAGUACUCUAAAUCUGUACAAGACAUCCUUCCCUACCCUUAUGAACACUGGUAUAAGAAGUUGUGUUCUUAGGUUAACAGAUAGUGAGUACUCUAAGUUCUUUGUUUUGAGUUGACAAAAAAGGGAAAAAAUUAUGUGUACUGAUUUACAGCACUUGCAAUGAAAGUUCUUUUUAUAACAUGGAAUCAUCA